ACACCUCUGGAAAAGUGGUACUCGUGGCCUCUGCGGCACUUGGAGCCUUAUUUCUUACCCAUCCUGUCUGAUGCCUGCAGGAUUGUCCUCAUGUGGAAAUUUGGGGGCAUCUACAUUGUGCUUAAGAACUUGCAGAACCUCACCAAUGCCCUUGGGAUCCAGUGUGAGGAUGAACUGAAUGGGGCCUUUCUGUCCUUUGAGCCUAAGCACAAGUUCAUGGAGCUUUGCAUGCAGGACUUUGUGGAGAAUUACAACAGCUGGAUCUGGGGGCACCAGGGCCCACAGCUCCUAACACGUGUCUUCAAGAAGUGGUGCUCCAUCAGGACUAUCCAGAGCAUGAGCUGCAAAGGUGUGAAUGCUCUUGCCCCAGAAGCCAUUUAUCCCAUUCCCUGGCAGGACUGGAAGAAGCUAUUUGAAGCAAUCAGCUCCCUGAAGUUUCAUAAACUCCUUAAGAACACCUAUGCUGUGCACGUCUGGAACAAAAUGAGCAAAGGGACCAGACUAAACAUCUUCUCCCAGACUCUGCUGGCUCAGCUCUAUUCUGAGUUCUGCCCUGCCACCUAUGCCAAGAUGAAGGGGGACCCUGAAGGGCAUUCAAGACCUGCAAUGUGA